AUGGCAGGUGCCGACCUGACAGCAGUGGACCCGGUUCGGGGCAAGACAGCCCUGGAGUGGGCCCUGCUGACGGAUAGCUUCGACACGGUGUGCAGGAUCCGGCAGCUGCUACGGCGGCCCCGGGUGGAGCAGCUGAGCCAGCACUACAAGCCUGAGUGGGCAGCCUUGCCAGGGCUCGUGGCCCAGGCCCAGGCCCAGGCCCAGGCCACCCCCUCCUUCCUCGAGAGGCUCCAGGCCACCUUGAGCUUCCCAUAUGUUCAGUCCCCCCAGGAGGGGGGUGUCCUGGAUCACCUUGUGACUGUCACGACCGGCCUGGCCAGUGCCUUCCUUACCACCGCCUGCCACACUCUAUGCCCCGACCACCCACCUGCCCUGGGUACCCGAAGCCAGUCUGUGCCAGAGCUGCUAGUUCCAUCUGAAACCCAGAUCUGCAGGGCAUCAAAGCUUGGCCCUUCCUCUUUGGCCAUACCAGCAACUCAAGAUGGAGAAGAAGAGGCAGGAGGAGGAGGCCAGAUAGGCACAGAGUCGGGGAGGAUGGGCUAG